UUACAGUCAUUUGCAGGCUUACACAGUGUUUUUUGUGUUAAGAAAUUCGAGAUGCGCAGUUGGGAGAACCGUUACUUUCCAUCAUUGGUCUAUCAAUUGUUUAGCAAAUUUAGGAUUUUUAAAAAUCGACCUAAUCCUAGUUGAUUCAAGUUGCAACUAUCUACCGAGAGAGUAAAAAUUAAUCUAAAAAGGCAAACUGACCGUUUUUCAUAAUUGGUUUCUACUCUAGCCUCCGGCAUUUGCGUAGGAGGGACAGGGAUCACCAAAACAGAGCGCACAAAGCCAUUGCGCGCAGUACCACGUCAUUCUGUCAAACUUAUUGAAACUUGUUUCGUUACUUUCUAGCAACAUAUACUUAAUUUUCAUUCAGAUCAUAUUUAGAUAGUUGGGGAGUCGGGGGAGAUGAUAACAGGAUUUCGACUGAACUUGGCGCCUCUCAAGGAACCGCUGGGAUUCAUCAAAUUUAUAGAAUGGCUGACAGCCAUCUUUGCAUUUGGGAGCUGUGGGGGGUAUUCUGGAAGGACUAUCGUGUCACUCUUCUGCAGCGAAGGAAGGAACGAGACACUGAAUGCUACUUUUAGCUAUCCCUUCAGGUUAAACCUGGUUGCUCUAGUGGAGAGCAACACCACUCUGUGUAACCACUCCGUGCCCGUCACCCACCUGGUGGGAGACUCCGCCUCCUCGGCCCAGUUCUUUGUGGGCGUGGCCAUCAUCUGCUUCCUGUACUCUAUAGUGGCGUUGCUCGUCUACCUGGGCUACAUGCACGUGUACAAGGACUCUGACUUCGGCCCUAUGUUUGAUUUUGGUCUGACGGCAGCGAUUGCCUUCCUGUGGCUCGUGUGUUCGUCAGCAUGGGCCAAGGGGCUGCAGAACGUGAAGGAUGCCACCGGGACGGCGGACAUCACCUCCACACUGGCACUCUGCAAGGAGAGCGACGUGUCCUGCGAGGUCACUGACUUUGCCAACAUGCGCACCCUCAAUGUCUCUGUGGUGUUUGGGUACCUGAAUCUGAUCGUGUGGGCUGGGAACGCCUGGAUUGUGUACAAGGAGACCCGCUGCCACUCUCAGAAGUACACUGCCCGGCAGGGGGCUGGGGCCGGGCGUGGUCAACAAGUCCCUGCUGCUAUCUAAUACUCUACUCCACUUCCAAUGGCCAAAAUAGCCCCUACACACCCUAAGUACUCCUGUAGCUCUGAGAGGAUUGGAUAGAUACACUAUAAGUUUUAUGGUAAUAGGCAGCUUCAUCUUGCCUGCUGAUUGUCUGGGUGGAAACGGCCAUAUUUUUACUGUGCCUUAGUUAUCAAUAUCUAUGCUUUGUCGAAUAUAUCUGUGCCUUCAAUACCGGUCCCAAUUUUGGGCCAUGCCUUUCUGUGCCUUAGCAUGCUAAUGCUUUCUCUUCUCGUGCCUUCUUUAACUUCUAAACCGGUGCCUUCUCUUACCAGUAAAUCUCACGAACCCCUGGUAUUUUCUCCUAAGCUGUGGUACAGACUCAUUGACAGCACUUUGUGCACUUUGACCGGCAACUACAGUGUCUUUGUUCUGGGCAUUUCUACCAAACCCUAACCUGGGAUAAUUCAGAUUCUUAAACAAUGUGUCCUUUCGCCUCAUGGCCUAGAAGGAAUCCUGAUCUGUCCUCACUUGCCUCUUUUUACCAAGUGUGGCAGUCUUGCUUCCGUCCCUCUCCUCGCCCCAACCUGGGCUCGAACCAGGGACCCUCUGAACACAUCAACAACUGCCUCCCACGAAGCAUCAUUAUCUAUCGCUCCACAGCUACUCACACCGUUUACACAAGGAUGCAUGUGUCUCUGACUGUACCACUGGCCAUAUGCUUUCUUAAAUGAUAUAUAUAUAUAUAUAUAUAUAUAUAUAUAUAUAUAUAUAUACACAAUUGAAUGUUUGUUUCACUUGAAAAUAAGUAGAACUUUCCAGUCUUGAUCGUGUAUCUUUCAAUAUCAUCUUCUGUUGCGAAGACUGAUUUUUUAAAUUGAUGUUCUUUAGUCUGCCAUGGUUUUUAUACUUUGUAUUAUCUUGUUUGUUGAACCUCAGCCACUAAGAAAGUGUGCAUGUGCUGGCUUUAUGUUUUGAAAUCUCCUGUUUUUUUUAUUUUUAGAUUGCUUAAUGAAUUAUUAGUCCCUGCCAUUACCUUUGCAUUUCUGAUCUAUUUUCUGUUAUUACCUUUGAUCUAUUAAAAGUGUAACUUGAAGUGCUUGUGUAUGGAAGACCAAUGUUGAGUGUGUGCAUGUGUGUUUGUAAUGUCUGGUAUCCUGGUUAUGCCUCUGGUUAUGUCUUCCUCUUGUAGUCAUCAGACCAACCUUAGCUUCAUGGAGGAUCUGUAUGUAUCUGCCCCGUUGUGGAGAGAGACGGAGCUGUCCUUUCCACAACAUGCAAAUUAUGAAUGUCUACUUUCUUUUGGAAUAAAAAAACAAUGCAUUUCCUA